AGCAGCGAGUUUGCGGUGCAGAUGAAGUCGUGAAGCUGUGUAAUCCUCGACGCCGGCGCGGCGAGAUCUUUGUCGGAGCGCUGAUGUCGAGUAGUACUUCUUCUGAAUCAAUGUAACCCCCAUCGCACGCACCCUCGACCAUAUUCUUCUGCAAGACUUCAGCCCGACGAGAAACAACCAUUCACGACCUCUGCGGCACAUCUGAUCCUGUCGUCGUUGUCGAGCGGUCUCGCAAUGUCCGAGGGACCCCACGCCGGGCAGGAAGACCCGGAGGAAGAGGUCAAGACACCCACACCGUCGACGGCCGUCACGGCACAUUCUCCGACUUUAGAUGAGCUACUUUCGCCGAUAGAGCCCACAGGCCGCUUCCCCACCCGCGAGUCUGUCGCAGGCUCCGACGUGACGGAUGACGAGAACCGCUUCUCCACCGUCGCCCUCAGCAAUAUCAUCCAUUCCAACGAGGAGAACGAGGACAAGGAGGAGAAGGAACACGACAACCGACGGGAUACCAUCGCCCAAGUGGACCAGGAAAGGGAGGAGGACGGAGACGACGAGACCCCCUCGAAGAGAAGCAGUCUUCAGAAGGUGCAGGAGGAAUUCGCGCGCAAGCAGCAGGAUCUGCAGGACCGCUACGAUGAAGAGAACUCGGUGGACUGGGACUUCUGGGGCAACGUUGUGUCGGACUAUCAAAAAUUCGCUUCUGAACAUCCAGAAGAGCUUGCUUCAGCCAUAGGGCGUGGUAUUCCGAAGACCAUCCGGGGAAUGAUAUGGCAGCUAAUGACUGCAUCCAAAGACACUGACCUCGAGAAUACGUAUGUGCGCCUUCUAAAAGAGACGAGUCCGCAUGAAAAGGCCAUUACUCGAGAUCUUGGAAGGACAUUUCCGCAUCACGCAUUCUUCACCGACGGUCGCGGCAUCGGCCAGGAGAACUUUUCAAUGUCUGAAGGCAUAUUCACUGUGCGUUCGAUCCUCCAGUAUGAUACACAAGUCGGCUACUGCCAAGGACUGCCUUUCGUUGCAGCAGUACUCCUUCUCCACAUGCCGGAUGAGGAGGCAUUCUGCCUGCUCUUCAGCUUCCCCAUGAACGUCGUCUUCCGAAUAUUCGACAACGUGUUCGCAAGCGGCAUCGAGGCGCUCUUCUCGUUCAGUUUCGUCCUACUCCUGAAGAACGAAGAGGCACUCCUUAACCACACCUUCGACAAGCUCGUAUCGUUCCUGAACACGAAGGUCUUCGACGUGUAUAGGGAGAAGAGGAACGGGAAAUAUGACGUCGACCGCUAUGUGGAAGAUGCGUUCGCGCUGAAGAUCAGCUCGUUCAUGCUGGACUCCUAUGCGCAGGAGUACGAGGAGCUCAUCCGGACGCGAAAUCAACACGCUAUCGAGAUGGAUGCGCUUCGCGCAAGCAAUAGGAACUUGUCCGCCAACAAGCAACUUGAGUCCAGUAUGGGGCAGAUAAACACCGAGCACUGUGAAUUACUGAACGAGCUCGUGAAAGCGCGGUUGAAGCACGAAGAGCUCGAGUCCGAGCUUGUCCGGUAUAAACUGCUAUACGCCGAGGCCAUGCACCAAAGCGAAGAUGCCAUGUCGUCCCAUCGAAUAUCACUCGCCAUGAAGAGAAGCAGCUCAAACGGCGGUUGACCCCUUCCCCUCCCCUUCCCGAUCGUCAGGUAAUGUUCGCAAUGUUUUGUACUCGCAAUCAUCGUUCCCGUAUUUUGCUGUAACACUGGACGUCUGUAUUCUCCGCAUAUGUUAACUAAGGUAUAUCACAUCUGCAGAUCAUGUUCCCUCGCCGGUGUAAGUCGUCUUGUGUGAGGCGGUUGAACGUUGUCUGUAGGUCUACGGGCGUAGCAUGCACUGAUCAAGAAGUUAGAAUGGUCGUGACAGUAAACAGAUGUUCUUCAAACUCUGAAACCUACUACCGAUUUCUUUUUGACUGGUGACUGAGUUGGAAUAGCUGGUGUCAUGAUCGCUCGAAGGACGCAUACGAGUGAGUGUUGAUGACUUCGAUACUGAACAGAGUGGCAUCCAUACCAUUCUCCGCAUUCAACAUGUGGAGGAGCUUGACGCAUGUACAGGCAGGGAUUUCCACAGCUUCCGGGAGUGGAGCUGACCGACAUAUGGAUGACCGAGCGGGUCC